GUGGGCGAGAUAUAUGUGUAGCAGCGAAGGCUGUGUGGGGAUGGCACGGGUCCUGCACGUUAGGGUGUUCGUUGUUGGGCGCCCUGAAGCAGACACCAUCCACCAGCACCCUGUGUGUAGGGUGUGCCACUCACCGCUGGUGGAGGACCUGUCGUCAAGGGAGCUGGGUGAGAAGACGACGGUUUUGGUACUUGGGGAUGCCCAAGCCAGCGCCCUCACCAAGGAUGCCCACACACGUGCCCAGGCUCUUAGGCUUGUCCUCAGAGACGAGAUGCUGCAGGGGUUGGAGCCUGGUCAGCAGCUAGCGGCCACGGUGAUGGUGACUGCCAGGGACCUGCCGCUGCUGCCCUCACUGGAGGCCAUCCUAGUGCAUCCUCCCACGCCCCUUAGGCCACCUUCCUCCCUCCCACCAGUGUUCAGGUCAUGCAGUAAACACUCCCUCCCAGCAGUAUUCAAGCCACACACUACACACUCCUUCCCAUUGGUGUUUACUGUUUAGGUAACACAUUAUACAUAAUUCUUCCAACCAGUAUUCAAGUCACACUACACUCCCUCUCAACAAUGCUCAGAUCACACUACACUCCCUCUCACCAAUGCUCAGGUCACACUACACU